AUGGACAAAAGUUCGAACUCUCCAUCUCCAAAACCAAAAGUGAAAAAGGAAAACGAGGAAGAAAUAAAGGAGUUUGCAGAAACUGCAAUGAAUGAGUUACUUGGAUGGUACGGAUAUGAGAGGCUCGAGUUACGACGUUGGGCAGCGUCGCGCGCUAAAGACACGGGAAGUCCGGAACAAGCAGAACAGAAGAGUAAAGAUGAAUGUUCCUGGUGCAAUAAGAACAUCACUAGUGAAAGCGGAGCGCUACAGCAAGGAGGAGCUGUGUUCUGUUCUGAAUUAUGUUUUAGUCAAUCGCGAAGAGCAAAUUUUAAACGUGCUAAGACUUGCGAUUGGUGCCGGCACGUGCGACAUACUGUUGCUUAUGUCGACUUUCAGGAUGGUGCAACGCAACUCCAGUUCUGUUCAGACAAAUGUCUCAACCAGUACAAAAUGCACAUUUUCUGUAGAGAAACACAAGCGCACCUUGAUCUCAACCCACAUUUGGUGAACGCUUCAUCUUCAUCAAGUCUAAUAACACCGGAUCUUUGGCUAAAGAACUGCAAGAGUAGAUCAGUGUCGCCAGCAUCUGAUCGCUCAGUAUCUCCAAAUAUAGAGAAAAACCAAAGUAAUGAUAAAACAGAAACACCUGCUAACCACAGAAAAUCUCCACUUCCAUUAAUAACAGUAGCUCCGCCAGCAAAACUAAUGAAUCCAAAACCUGUCGAGGAAAGACCGAUUCAAAAGUCACCGGAAGCAAAAAAAGAUAUGAGAAACACAAAGAUGAAUUUGCGAAAGCGUAGAGCGUCUAAAUGUUCAGCGACAGUGACGUCGCAAACGGUUCGACACAAUUCCACUCCUAAGGCGCAAGAUAUUAAAAUGCGAAGUCCGUCUAUAGAUGCUUCGUCACCUGCUUCUUCAAUCACUGUGGGAAAUAACGUCAUACAUUCCCCACCUCAUCCUAUGAACCAUCCAAUCCCACCCCCAUUUCAAAAUCCCAUGUUCGGAAUGCCUCCACCGGUGUUCUUAGAAAACAGCCACAUGAGCGAUCACAGGCAUCCCAUGUUUGCACCUAGACCCUUCUUACCACCAGGUAUGAUACCACAAGAAAGACCUAGAUUGUUUCCCCCAUUAAACUAUCCCCCACUAGGCCAAGCUCCACCUGUUACAAUUUUAGUCCCCUAUCCAGUAAUAUUGCCAAUACCUUUACCAAUUCCUAUACCAAUACCACUUACGUCUUUCAUUCAAGCACAUCGUGCUAGUAAAGUAAAAACAGAAGUAAACAACGAUGAUACUGAGGGCCCCCUAGAUUUUACAAUGAAUGGAGAUAAAAAGAAAAAUGAUGAAAGCGUCAGUGACACAAAUAAUGAAACAUUGGACGUUGAGGAAAAAACAAAUGAUCGGAAUAACGAUUUUAAUGAGAGAAUAGACGAUAUAUCAAAUGAGUCUGUUGAAACGAAUCCAGAGCAAACUUUGCCAAAAUUUAAAAUAACUCGGUUAGGUAACAAAAUGGCAAAAAUUGUGACAAAACCUCGUGAAUCAGCGGAAUCAUCCAGACCAUUAAGAAAAAGACGAAGAUUAGUCGAAGCGACAGAGGACGACUCACUCAUUCCUAAAUCAAGGAAAAUUGUACAAGUG